GACAACAACAGCCGAUAUAAACAUAAAAAUUUAGGAAUGAAACUUAUAAUUGGUAGUGUUGAUCAAAUUUUACAAUGGAGUAAAAUGCUGUCAAUUGUUCCAAGAACAGAAAUUAUGUACCAAGUAUAUGGUGUUAUAGGUUCUAUUAGAACAGGAAAAAUUGAUUGUGAGAAGAUGAUUUCUUUGCGUGGAAAGCGCCACAAAUGUGCAAUUAUUUGUAUAUUUUAUGAAAUAGAUAGAAGAUUACCAUGUAUUGCUGAUGGAACUUUAGUUUUGUGCACUGGUAAAGCAAUAGGAAAGAAUAAACUUCAAGUAUUUACAGUAAAGGAACUAAAUUGGUCUGAUCAACAUGUUUUUCAAAGAGCAUCUGCAGUAAGUCAAUGGUCAGUGAAGGAAAUGUUACAAAUUCAAUAA